AGCUGGGAGCAGCCCUCCUGUUAAGUAGCAGAUAGUGUAGAGAGUCUUCCCACUUGGAAAGAGGCUCGCCAACGCAUCUGGGAACCAAAAACCCGCUGAGCUCUCUGACUUCAACACCGGGCCACCUCGCUCUCCUCUUUCUCAGGUUGGGGGUCUACAACAGUGACUUUAACCUUUUUUUUUUUAUUAUUAUUUUUUAUUUCUUGAACCAACCCAAAGAAAUUCGACAGUUUCCUCUAUAGCUCCAUUCAUGUGCUGCUGAGCCAGAGGAGCUGAAGAUGAAGAGCCGGCUGUCUCUGGUGGCGGCUGCCCUCCUGGCACUGCUGCUGACCUCCUCUCAGGCCCAGGAUCAAGUCGAUCCCCCGUCAGAUUUGAGGUUUAAGAUUUUAAAUGAGAACACAGUGCAAAUGAUCUGGAGCAGACCACAGUCGAGGAUACAGGGCUACAGAAUACAUGUGACCUCAGACACAGAAGAACCAACAAAAGAAUUUACUCUGCCUGCAUCUGCGACUAAGACCUCCAUCUCAGACCUGAGUCCAGAUGUGGAUUAUACCGUAACAAUAUCUGCGUACGCUGGAUCAGAGGAGAGUCUGCCUAUCUCCGGCCAGAUCACACUUGAGUCAGCUGGCGGCACAGGAGGAGCUUCCAGGAAACCAGACCCUUCAGAUUCAGUCAAAUGCUCUUUCAGUGCCAUUGCCGACGUGGUGUUCUUGGUGGAUGGCUCCUGGAGCGUGGGCAGGCCGAACUUCAAAUACAUCCGCAACUUUAUUUCAGCGGCGGCCGGCGCCUUUCAGAUCGGAGAGGACAAAACCCGGGUGGCCGUGAUCCAGUACAGUACCGACCCCCGAACCGAGUUCAACCUCAAACGCCACUUCACCCGACCGGCACUGCUCCGCGCCAUCGGCUCGCUCCCGUACAAAGGAGGAGACACCAUGACAGGCGAUGCCCUCGACUACCUCCUGAGAAACACUUUCACCGAGGCGGCCGGUGCCAGGACGGGUUUCCCCAGGGUGCUGGUGAUCAUCACAGAUGGCAAAUCUGAGAGUCCGGUGGAGAGUUACGCCAAGCAGCUCAGGAGCAGCGGGGUGGAGAUCUUUGUCCUCGGUAUCCAACAGGCAGAUGAAGAGGAGAUGAAGCGGAUGGCCUCCACGCCUUACAGAAGUCACAUAUAUAAUGUCGCCAACUUUGACUCGAUCAAAAAUGUGCAGAAGGAGCUCAUCACUCAGGUGUGCGCUGGCGUCGAGGAUCAACUCAGCUCUCUCGUCAGCGGAGAAGAAGCCGUUGAGCCUGCCUCUAACCUCCAAGUCCUGGAGGUGGCCUCAAAAUCCGUGCAGUUGACCUGGGGCGCCUCUAUCGGAGAGGUUUCUGGAUACAAGGUGCAGAUGAUCCCCAUGAUGGCUGGCGCCAAGCGGCAGGAGCUGUAUGUGGGCUCGACCCAGACCUCGGUGAUGGUCAGAGACCUUUCUCCAGACACAGAGUACCAAAUCAGUCUGUUCGCCCUGAAGGGCCUGACGCCCAGCGAGCCCGUCACAGUCAUGCAGAAGACGCAGCCAGUUAAAGUUUCACUGGAGUGUUCUCUUCGCGUGGACGUUCAAGCCGAUGUCGUCCUCCUGGUCGACGGUUCCUACAGCAUCGGCCUGGCUAACUUUGCUAAAGUCAGAGCUUUCCUGGAGGUGCUGGUGAACACCUUUGACAUCGGGCGAGAUAAGGUCCGGAUCAGCUUGGUCCAGUACAGCAGGGACCCCCACACCGAGUUCUACCUGAAAACUCACCACGACCUGAGCGCCGUGGUCAAGGCUGUGAGGACUUUCCCGUACCGCGGCGGCUCCACCAACACCGGCAGGGCCAUGAGCUACGUGAGAGAGAAGAUCUUCCAGGCCUCCAAAGGGGCGCGACCCAACGUUCCCCGCGUCACCAUCCUCAUCACUGACGGGAAGUCAUCCGACGCUUUCCACGAUCCAGCCACCAAGCUGCGGAAUGCUGAUGUGGAGAUCUUCGCGGUGGGUGUAAAGGAUGCUGUACGAUCUGAGCUGGAGGCCAUCGCCAAUACACCUGCAGAGACCCAUGUGUACACUGUAGAGGACUUUGAUGCCUUCCAGAGAAUUUCCAAAGAACUCACGCAGUCCAUCUGCCUUAGGAUCGAGCAAGAGCUUCGCAACAUCCACCAGAGACAACUGAUCCAACCGAGGGCCCUUUCCUUCUCAGAGGUCGGCCCCAGAAGCUUCAGGGCCAGCUGGGAGAUCGACCCCACUGCCAAGGUCGAGUCCUACUUGGUUCAGUUCAAGCCGGCAGACGAUGAAGGCGGGCAUUAUGUGUCCAUGUCUUUGCCCGGGGACACACUCACCACCCUCCUCCCCUACCUGACUCCAAACACUCGCUAUGAAGUCAAAGUUUUUGCUCAGUAUGAGAACUGGGACAGCUUGCCCGAGACCGGCUUUGAGACCACUUUAGAAGAACUAGGCUCUGUGCAGAACCUAAGAGUGUCUGAAGAGACCACAGACAGCUUCAGAGUAUCAUGGCAGCCAGCUCCUGGAGACGUCACUCGCUACAAAUUGACCUACGAACCCGCAGGGGACGAGAGCUCCAGGCUGGAGACGACCACGGUCCGCGCCGAGACGACCAUCGUGCUGCAGGAGCUUCAGCCGAAAACCACCUACCGCGUCACCGUCACUCCUGAAUACCCCUCCGGCUCCGGAGUGCCACUGCAGACGGAUGGCACCACCAAAGAAGAGGUGGGACCUCCUACAAACCUGGUCACCAGCGAUGUGACUGACUCCAGCUUCGCAGCGUCCUGGACGGCGGCGCCUGGCAACGUAAAGAUGUACCGGGUUCGAUGGAACUCACUGUUCUCGGAGGAGACUGGAGAUAAAACGGUGCCGGGAGAUGUGACCAACACCGUGCUGGACGGUCUGAGUCCGGAGACGCUCUACCAAGUUUCCGUUGUCGCCGCCUACGAUCAUAAAGACAGCAGGCCACUCACUGGACAGGAAACCACUGACGUCUCCGCUGCUGGUAAAAAGUUGACUGUGUCGGACGAGACCGAACGAACCAUGAAAGUCACAUGGACGCCGGCUCCGGGCAAGGUGACCCACUACCGGCUGAAGCACAUUCCCAUCGGUGGAGGGAAAGAAGUGGCCCUCAAGAUCCCCGGGACGACCACUUCCACCGUCAUGAAGCGGCUGCAGCCCACGACCACUUACAACAUCAUUGUUCAUCCCAUCUACAAGCGCGGGGAAGGAAAAGCAAGGCAAGGAGUAGGAACGACACUGUCGCCCUUCAAGGCUCCCAGGAACCUCCAGACCUCAGAGCCCACCAAGAACAGUUUCAGGGUCACCUGGGAUCCAGCACCCGGACAAGUUAAGGGCUACAAAGUGACCUUUCACCCUCAUGGCAAUGAUAUUGACCUGGGGGAACUCCUGGUUGGUCCCUACGACAACACAGUUGUUCUAGAGGAACUUAGGGCAGGAACAAAGUAUUCUGUUGCCGUGUUUGGCAUGUUUGACGGAGGGGAGAGUUUGCCUCUGGCAGGAGAGGAGAAGACGACCCUCAUGGACGCUCCGGAGCCGCCUUCUGUCGAUCCCUCUGACACUCAGUGUAAGACCUCCGCGAAGGCCGACCUUGUGCUGCUGGUCGACGGCUCCUGGAGCAUCGGCCGCAUCAACUUCAAAACCAUCCGCAACUUUAUUGCUCGCAUGGUCAGCGUGUUCGACAUCGGCCCCAACAGAGUCCAGAUUGGUCUGGCUCAGUACAGUGGAGACCCAAAGACCGAGUGGCACCUGAACGCCCACCCGACCAAGGCGUCCCUGCUGGAAGCCAUCGCCAACCUGCCAUACAAAGGAGGCAACACCAUGACAGGGAUGGCUCUGAAAUACAUCCUCGACAACAACUUCAAAGAAAAUGUGGGGUUGCGUCCCGACUCCCGCAAAAUUGGUAUCCUGAUCACUGACGGAAAGUCGCAGGACGAAAUCGUCUUCAGCUCGGAGAAGCUGAGAGACAGCGAUAUCGAGCUCUACGCAAUCGGUGUGAAGAACGCAGACGAGAACGAAUUGAGGUCCAUCGCCUCUGACCCCGACGAAAUUCACAUGUACAACGUCGGCGACUUCAAGUUCCUGGUGGACAUCGUUGACGAACUCACCAUCAACCUGUGUAACAGCGUCAAGGGCCCAGGAGGGGAACCGGAGGCGGCCACAGACCUGGUGACCUCAGAGGUGACCCACCGCUCGUUCCGUGCCACCUGGACUGCACCCGGCAGCCCCGUUGACAAGUAUCGCGUCACUUACGUGAUGGUGGCUGGAGGACCCACUCAGGAGCUGCUGGUCGAUGGGUCGGUGAACACUGUAGUGCUGGAAGGCCUGUCCCCUCUGACCGAGUACAUCGUCAAUGUUUUCUCCGUGGUCGGCGAGGAGAGCAGCGAGCCUCUGAAGGGCACCGAAACCACCUUGCCGCUGCCAGCAUGCAAGAACAUGGAGGUUUUCGAGGAGACCUCGAGCACCAUGAAGGUGAGCUGGGACGAGGCGGACGGGGCCACGGGCUACAUGCUGCUCUACAAAUCCAUCAACGCCACUGAGCCUCAGCUGGAGAACGAGGUACGUGUUGGCGGGGCUGUAACUAGCGUCCAGCUGGUGGAGCUGAUCCCCAGCACAGCGUACACCAUCUCCCUUUAUGCGCUGCAUGGAGAGGCUGCCAGCGACCCUCUGGAGGGGAGAGGAGUCACCUUGCCCGUGCCUCCUGCUGGAGUCCUGAGAAUCACCGAUGUCACUCACAGCACCAUGAGGCUCAACUGGGACGCUGCUCCCGGAGCCGUCCGCAAGUACAUGAUCACCUACAAACCAGAGGAGGGAGACCUGAAGGAGGCUGAAGUCAACGGGGACAUCACCACCCUGGACCUGUCCAGCCUCAUCUCCCAGACUGAGUACGAUGUGGCCAUCACACCGAUCUACGAUGCGGGACCCGGAGCCCCAAUGCUCGGAAGCGCCAUCACAGAUGUCGUUCCUGCGCCCAAGAACCUGCAGUUCUCUGAGGUGACCCAGACCUCGUUCAGAGCCACGUGGGAGCACGGGGCCCCGGACGUGUCUCUCUACCGCAUCGGCUGGAACAAGAAGGGCGAAGGCAUCCCCCAGUUUGCCAUCAUGAAUAGCGAUGAAACCUCCCACGUCCUGCAGAACCUGGACCCCGACACCGAGUACUCUGUCACCGUCACGGCCAUCUACCCCGAUGAGUCGGAGAGCGAGGACCUGAUAGGAAGCGAGCGUACAUUGUUAAAGGCUCCGGAUGUGCCCGCUGAGCCUCCUCGAAACCUGAGGGUUUUUAACGCCACCACCUCCACACUGACGGUGAAGUGGGACCCCGCCCCCGGGAAUGUCCAGAACUACAAGAUCACUUACAAGUCCGCCACUGGAGGCGAGCCUCUCUCAACGCAGGUUGGAGGGAAGAAGACCACUGUCACCCUGCCGAAGUUGGAGCCCGACACGCUGUACUCCGUCACCGUGGCCGCCGUGUACCCCACCGGCCUCAGCAAAGACAUCAGUGGCGAAGGACAAACCAAGCCUCUGGGUGGAGUGAGGAACCUGCAGGUGUUGAACCCCACCAUGACCACCCUGAACGUGCGAUGGGAGCCCGCCGAGGGCCGAGUAAAGGAGUACAAAGUCAUUUAUGUCCCGGCCGCCGGAGGAGCUGAGAGCAUGGAAACGGUGUCUGCAAGCACAACCAGCACCACUCUGCGAAGCCUGCAGCCCGACACCCUCUACACCGUCUCUCUGGUUCCGGUUUACGCUGGCCGAGAGGGAAAGACCAUGUCUGAGAAUGGAAAGACAAGGCCACUGGGAGGAGUGAAGAACCUGAGGGUGACGGACCCCACCAUGACCUCUCUGACUGUGAACUGGGACCCGGCUGAGGGAGCCGUCCGCCUCUACAAGGUCUUCUUUGUGCCGGUGGCUGGUGGCCGAGAGGAGAUGGAGCAAGUUCCUACAGGCACCACCUCCAUCAUUCUCAGGAACUUGAUGCCCGACACGCCGUACACAGUGUCAGUGUUACCCGUCUACCCAGCCAGGGAGGGGAAACGCCAGUCAGAGGACGGAAAGACGCUGCCUUUGGCCGGAGUGGGCAACAUGAGGGUGACCAACCCGACCAUCACCACUCUCACUGUGACCUGGAAUCCUGCCGAUGGAAACGUUCAGGGCUACAAAGUGAUCUACAAACCUGUGGAUGGAGGACUGGAGAUUGUGGAGCAAGUGUCGGAGAGCACCACCACAACGAUCCUAGAGAAGCUCCUGCCGGACACCCGCUACACCGUCACUGUGGUCCCGGUCUACGCAGAGGGAGACGGACCCAGCCUGACCGACGAAGGGAAGACAAAGCCACUGGGUUUUGCGAGAAACCUGAAGGUUACCGAUCCCACCACCAGCACCCUGAACGUCCGCUGGGACGCCGCGGAGGGAAAUGUACGCGAGUACAUCGUGAUCUGGGUGCCCACUGCCGGAGGAGAGCAGGAUGUGGACCAGGUGUCUGGGACCACCACCUCCACCGUCCUGAGGAAACUGGAGCCCAACACUGAGUACACCGUGACCGUCGUGCCAGUCUACCACGAGAUGGAGGGCAAGUCGCAGUCCGCAAACGGGAAGACAAAUCCUUUGGGUGGAGUGAAGAACUUGCAGGUCAUCGACCCGACCACCAGCAGCCUGACGGUCCGCUGGGAUCCAGCGGUGGGAAACGUCCGCAGCUACAAAGUCUUCUACGCUGCUCAACCAGGAGGAGAAGAAAAAAUGGAGGAGGUCUCAGGAGGAACCACCACCACCAUCCUGAGGAAUCUGGACACCGACACCGUCUACAAUGUGGCUGUUGUUCCCGUGUACCCGGACGUGGAGGGCAUUCGGCAGGCUGAGAAGGGAAAGACAAAACCUCUGGGUGGAGUGAAGAACCUGCAGGUGACCGACCCCACAACCAACUCCCUCCGGGUACGCUGGGAGCCUGCCGAGGGCGACGUCAGGCAGUACCAAAUCAUCUACGUCCCCGUCAGCGGCGGAGCCGAGAGCGUGACUCAGGUAUCUGGAAUGACGACCAACGCGGUGCUGAGAGACCUGCGGCCGGACACAGAGUACAAAGUGACGCUGGUGCCUAUUUACCCUGACGCGGAGGGGAAACGUGCAUCGGAAAACGGAAAGACAAAGGCUCUGGGCGGUGUGAAGAAUCUGCAGGUCACUGAUCCCACCACCAGCUCCCUGAAGGUGCGCUGGGAGCCGGCGGAGGGCAACGUCCGCCAGUAUCGCAUCGUCUAUGUUCCUGCAGCCGGAGGCGCCGAGGACAUGGAGCAGGUUUCAGGCGGCACCACCAACACCAUACUGAGGAACCUGCUGUCGAACACUGCCUACACUGUGACUGUGGUCCCAGUUUACCCGGAGGGAGAAGGUCUGCGCCAGUCUGACAACGGGAAGACACUCCCACGCACGCCACCCAGGAACAUCCAGGUGUACAACCCCAGCCCCAACAGCCUGAACGUGCGCUGGGAGCCCGCCUCAGGCCAGGUUCAGCAGUACAGGGUGGCGUAUUCCCCCCUGAGUGGAGCCAGACCCUCUGAGUCGGUCCUGGUUUCGGGAAAUAUCAACAACGCCUUCCUGGACAACCUGAUCCCAGAUACUCCUUAUUCGGUCAGUGUCACGGCUCUGUACGCCGACGGAGAGGGAUCAGCAGUCAAAGACAACGGCAGAACACUGCCUCGUGCCGGUCCCAGGAACAUGCGUGUGUUUGAUGCCACCACCAGCACCCUCACCAUCGGCUGGGACCACGCAGAGGGUCCCGUGAGGCAGUACAGGAUCGGCUACGCUCCCAUGACCGGCGACCCCAUCACCGAGUUCACUGUGGUUCCGGGCAACAGAAACAACGCCAUGCUGCAGAAUCUGUUCCCCGACACCCCGUACAACAUCACUGUGGAGGCCAUCUACGCCGAGGGUCCCGGGGGGUCCCUCAAUGGAAACGGACGUACAGUCGGCCUGUUGAGUCCCAGGAACCUCCGUGUCUCAGAUGAGUGGUACACCAGAUUCAGAGUGGCCUGGGACCCGGUGGCUGCUCCGGUCCAGGGAUACAAACUCAUCUACACUCCUGCAGGCACAGACCAGACCAUAGAUUUCUUUGUGGGUGACGUGACCUCAUACACUCUGCACAACCUGCUACCUGGAACCACCUACGAUCUUGAAGUGGUGGCUCAGUACACCAGCGGCAUGAGUGCCCCGCUCCCUGGACAGGGAACAACACUCUACCUGAACGUGACCAACAUUGAAACUUUCAACGUCGACCACGACAAGUUCUGCAUCAAAUGGACUGCUCACCGAGCGGCCACGUCGUACCGCAUCAAACUCAACCCUGCCGACCCCUCUAGCAGAGGACAACAUGAGAUCACCAUCCCCGCCGGUCUGCCUCAGUACUGCUUUGACGGACUGUCUCCUGAUGCUCUGUACCACGCCACGGUCUUCGUUCAGACCCCAAACCUGGAGGGUCCGGGAGUCAGCACAAAAGAGAGAACAUUGGUGAAGCCAACUCCAGUUCCAACGCUCCCACCAGCCCCAACGGCUCCACCCACCAUCCCCCCAGGAUGGGCAGUCUGCAGAGGUGCCAAGGCAGAUGUGGUGUUCCUCAUCGACGGCUCCUGGAGUAUCGGCGAGGAGAGCUUCAACAAAGUCGUACACUUUGUCUCCGGCAUGGUCGCUGCCUUCGAUGUCAUCGGACCCUCAGGAAUGCAGGUGUCGUUCGUGCAGUACAGCGACGGAGCCAAGACCGAGUUCAGGCUCAACGCUUAUCAGGACAAAGGGGUCGCCAUGUCUGCACUUAAACUCAUCCCUUACAGAGGAGGAAACACCAAGACAGGAGCGGCGCUGAAACACACCUACGAGAAGGCCUUUUCGAUCGAAAAUGGAAUGAGGAGAAACGUUCCCAAAGUGGUGGUAACGAUCACUGACGGACGCUCUCAGGACGAGGUGAAGAAGAACGCUGCCAAGCUGCAGCACGCAGGUUACAGUGUUUUCGCCAUCGGUGUUGCCGAUGUGGACUUCGUGGAGCUGCAGGGGAUCGGCAGCAAACCCAGCGACAGACACGUCUUUGUGGUGGACGACUUUGACGCUUUCGACACCAUCAAAGAAAACCUGAUCAACUUCAUUUGUGAGACCGCCACAUCAUCGUGUCCCCUGAUUUUCCUGAAUGGAUUUACUUCACCUGGCUUCCGGAUGCUCGAGGCGUUCAACCUGACAGAGAAGACCUACGGCUACGUUAAAGGUGUCUCCAUGGAGCCGGGCUCCUUCAACAGCUACACAGCAUACCGACUCCACAAAAACGCAUUCCUGACUCAGCCCACGAGAGAUGUCCACCCUGACGGUCUUCCCCACGCCUACACCAUCAUCCUGAUGCUCCGCCUCCUGCCCGACUCGCCCACCGAGGCCUUCGACAUCUGGCAGGUGUCUAACAAAGAUCACAAGCCAGAGACCGGCGUCACCAUCGACCCCUCCAGCCAGACGCUGUCCUUCUACAACAAAGACACGCGCGGUGAGAUCCAGAGAGUCACCUUCAACAACGAUCAAGUGAAGAGGAUGUUCCACGGAAGCUUCCACAAGCUCCAUAUCCUGGUUUCGUCCACCGGCGUCAAACUCAACAUCGACUGCCAAGAAGUGGCUGAAAAGGAGAUCAAGGAGGCUGGAAACACAUCCAGCGAUGGCUACCAGGUUCUGGGCAAGAUGUCCAAGUCCAUCGGCUCCAAAGGAGAAUCAGCAACUUUCCAGCUCCAGAUGUUCGAUAUUGUCUGCAGCUUGGGCUGGACCAGCCGGGACAGAUGUUGUGACCUCCCGUCUAUGAGAGAUGAGCUGAAGUGUCCGUCUCUUCCUAACUCCUGCACCUGCACCUCAGCAGGCUCCGGGCCGCCGGGACCUUUGGGACCGAUGGGUGCCCCCGGCAACAAAGGUCCCCGAGGUGAAAGAGGAGAGGCCGGUCCCGCUGGACCGAUCGGCCCGCGUGGAGAUAACGGACCACCUGGGCCCAUGGGUCUGCCCGGCCCUCAAGGACCCAGCGGGCUUUCGAUUCCAGGAGAAGCUGGCCGCCCUGGACCGAAGGGAGACCGCGGUGACUCGGGCUUACCUGGACCGAAAGGUUUACCGGGUCAACGCGGUGCUGUCGGCCCCAUCGGACCAGCUGGAGUCAGGGGCCCUCAAGGAAAGGAAGGAACAGCGGGACCCAGAGGCCCUGCCGGGCCCAUGGGACCUCCAGGAUCUCCUGGAGCAGCAGGUAGCACAGGAAAACCAGGAAACCCCGGAGACCCUGGCAUUAAUGGUGCUGUCGGUCCAAAGGGAGACAAGGGAGAGAGAGGCGACUUUGCUCCUCAGAACAUGAUGCGAUCCAUUGCCAGACAAGUUUGCGAGCAGCUGGUCGGCGCACAAAUGACUCGCAUCAACACGUUACUGAACCAGAUCCCCAAUGGCCAGUACCGCAGCAACAACCAGGGCCCUCCGGGGCCUCCAGGGGCCGACGGCAGGCAGGGACCCCGCGGAGAGCCCGGCGCCGCAGGAAGGAACGGUUUCCCUGGUAGUCCAGGAUCACCCGGUCAGCCAGGAGAGAGAGGUCCUGCAGGAGAGAAAGGUGAACGAGGAACAUCAGGAAUCGGACAGAAAGGGCCGAGAGGACCUGCUGGUCCACCAGGAGAAAGCAGGACAGGACCCACCGGCCCUUCAGGCUCUGCCGGACCUCGUGGUCCCCCCGGACGUCCUGGCUACGCCGGAGUCCGCGGGCCUCCUGGACCUCCUGGAUACUGUGACUCUUCUCAGUGUGUCGGGAUUCCUUACAACGGCCAGGGAUACGGAGGCCAAUAUCCACCUGAACCCGACACCCGAGUAGUCCCAGACCCCGAGGAGGAAGAGCUGUCGAAUAACCAGCGUCGAAAGAGAUCACUAUCAAGAAAGGCAUCCAGCAGGCUAACAUCAUAAGACAAGCCAUCUUCUCUUUUUCUAUUUUUUAUUUUUUUUGUCUUGUUCAACCGGUUUGUUGUUUGGAUUUAUGCACAUUAUACACACACCAAAAAACGGGGUUUGACACCUCGACUUUAUUGGAAAAAAAUACCUUUGAAUGCCUUAAAACGUAUGUGAAUAUUCAUUUUUGUGGCAGGUGAAGGGUGUGGACGGAGGGGAGGGAGUUUGGGCACGAGUGUUUAAAAAAAGAUGGAAGAAAAAAAAAAGUUAAGAAACCAUGAAAAGAAAACAACCUGUGAGCUUUCUUUUUCCACUUGUGUCUUCUGCUUGUAACAUAUUUGCAUCCAGUUUGUUUGAACUAGCAGUGUUGAACAGUGCACUCAUUGUAACAAAGCUAAAGAAAAAAGACAGAAAAUGUUUGUUCACAGAUCAUCCAGUUAUGUUCAAUAUAAUCCUUCUCAUUCAGCGUCGUCUUCUAACCCAGGUUCAGUUUCAUAAUGGCAGUUAAACACAGCUUUCAUUUUGUAUCUCUAGCUUAAUAUUUAUCAGUUUUCUUUAUUCAGUCACAGCUCAUUUUAACAAAAGGUGGAAUUGCAUGUCUGUGGUGUAUAUUUAGUACAUGUUUUUUGUUACAUUUCAUUUUGUUUUAACCAGAAUAUAGUUGUUGUAAUUCUUGUCAUUUUCUCAGUAUCGAAUGCAGUCAAAACCUGCGUGCAACACUAUGGAAGUGGUAUUGCUGCUUCAUGUUUAAACUGCAGAUUGUGAAUUCCACAGCCUUAUUUUCUUAUUUAUUUCUGAAAACAGAAGAGGCAUUUUUCAAUAAAACUACUGAAAAUUUA